AUGUUCAGUAACGUCAGUGGUGAAAAGGAGUCCCUUAAACUCAGUGACACCAACACGAGUCUGGCCAAAGGCAGGUCGGCCCGAUCCUUGAGCAAUCUGCCGCAGCCCAUCGACUGUGUGCUCUCCAGCUGGUCGUCGUGGAGCAAGUGCGAUCCCUGUCAAAAGAAAAGGUACAGGUUUGCCCGCCUGGAACAACCUUCUCAGUUCAGUGGAGAUCCAUGUGAUCAUUCUGAUAAAGAAACUGAAGACUGUGUUACAAAUAGUCCUUGCAGAAAUAGAGUUAGAUGUGAAGGGUUUGUAUGUGCAAUCACAGGAAGAUGCAUUACACGGAGGCUGCUUUGUAACGGGGAUGAUGACUGUGGGGACCAGUCAGAUGAAAAAAACUGCAAAAAAGUAUUUAAAAAAUGUGACCAGAAGACAGAACAAUACUGGGGAAUAGAGAAUCUGGCAAAAGGGUUGAAUAUUUUCACAAAUGACUUUGAAGGAUCAGUUCUUGAUCACAGGUACUAUGCUGGGGGAUGUUCUUCCCAUUAUAUUGCAGACACAAGAUUUAGAAAGCCAUACAAUGUAGAAAGAUAUACCCCAGAGACCAAAGGCAAAUAUGAAUUUUCACUGACUGAAUAUGACUCCUACUCAAAUUAUGAAAGUAAUGUCCUGAAGGCAAAAGCUUCACAGUCUAGCUUCAGCUUUGGUAUAAAUCUACGUUUGUUUGAACUUGGUUACAGUUCUAACGACAGGAGGUUCAAGAAGUUCUUUCAAAGGAUGAAAAGAUUUUCUUCAACUUCCAGCAAAUUUAUUCAUGCCCGUUCUGAGCUGGAUGUUGCCAUUUAUAAACUGAAGCCCCAGGGCCUGAUGCUGCAUUAUGAAUUCAUGCAGCGGCUCCAUCAACUACCCUCAGAGUACAGCUACGGCGAGUACAGAGAGCUCUACAGGGACUACGGCACCCACUACAUCACUGAGGCUACUGUUGGUGGUAUCUACGAAUAUACUUUAGUCUUGAACAGCAACGAGCUCCAAAAGACAGGUUAUUCUCUGAGUGAUGUCCAGAAAUGUGCACAGAAUGGCUUUAACAUUGGUGCAACUAUCAAAGGCAUCUCUUUGGGUCUGGGAGUGACUGAUGGUACCUGUAAAUCCGUUUUAAAAGAAAUUGGAGACAGCACCUUCAAAAAACGGUAUGUGGAGGACUUCAUCGCCCUUGUUCGGGGAGGAGCGAGUGAACACAUCACCACGUUGGCUUACAAAGACCUGCCGACUGCUGCGCUAAUGCAGGAAUGGGGAGAUGCUGUACAGUACAACCCUGAAAUCAUAAAGCUAAAGGCACAGCCACUGUAUCAGCUGGUGACUCCAACUGACUUUGCUAAUGCAAUGGCAAUAAAAGAAAAUAUGCAACGUGCUCUUGAGGAGUUUGAGCUGGAGAGCAGUUCCUGCCGCUGUGCUCCAUGUCGUGGCAAUGGAAUCCCCAUUUUGAAAGGAACUGAGUGCGAAUGUUUAUGUCCCCUUGGCUACAGUGGCACUGCUUGCGAGAUCACCAAGAGGGAAGAUGCUGCUGUUAAUGGGAACUGGGGCUGCUGGACUAGGUGGUCUGCAUGCUCAGGAGGUCAGCGAUCGAGAAGACGACAGUGCAACAACCCUGCACCACAAAAUGGUGGUUCGUCAUGCUCAGGGCCAGAUGUUGAGACACUUACUUGCUAG